AUGAAUGAAUCUUGUUUUAACGAAGAUGAUUAUGAUAAUGCAAUGGAUAUCUACAGUGUCACCCUCAAUGGUUUCUCAUUUUGUACACGCCAUGGACUGGAGCUUUGUUAUCGUUGCCCAACUGACAAUAGGGCGUGCAACAAUAUAAUGGUCAUGGAUAUGCUUCAUGAACAGGUGUCCGAAGACAUUCUUGAAGAAAAAUGGGAAGGUGAUGAACGCUCUCCUUUUACUGUAGCGCUUCAAUGGACCCGAUUACCAUCAGGGAAACCAGGCUGUGUGAUUCACAGGACAGUCGGGUGUAAGCAGUGCUUCAACUGGGAAGAGAAGAUACUAAACGUUGUUCAAGGUGGAAGAAAGCCACGAAAAAUCCACAACAGAAAGGCUCGAGAAAGAAAAGACAUGUUACAUUAA